AUGGCGGACGGAGAAGUGUUGGCUGCCGGGGAUGAGUUUGAGGACGGCGGCCUGACGCUGCGGGACUACCGGCGGCUGACCCGGCUCUACUGCAUGAACGGCGGGUAUCACCUCCAGAUCCUCCCGGACGGGACGGUGCAGGGCCGGAGGGACAAGCAGGACGUUUACGCUGUUUUAAGGAUCAAAGCUGUGGACAGAGGCGUCGUCGUCAUUCAGGGGACAGAAACCGAGCGAUAUCUGGCCAUGAGCGAUGAAGGCCGUUUGUACAGCUCCCCCACAGUCACCGAUGAAUGUUACUUCCUGGAGAAACUGGAGGAGAACCACUACAACACAUAUCAGUCCCAGAAGUAUCAAGACAACACUUGGUACGUAGCCCUGAAGAAAAACGGCAAACCUAAACUCGGUCCGAGAACCCACAUCGGACAGAAGGCCAUCUUCUUUCUCCCCAGACAGCUGGAUGAUUCCCGGGACUAA